AUGUCCGCCACCUCGAGCGCGGACUACCAGCAUGGCACUGCCUACCCUGGCCCAGCUGGCCACUUUGUGGCUCACGGUCACAACCACCGGCCCAAUGGCAGCAGCGUGAGCCCCGAGCCAGGCUCCUCGCACCUGGCCUUGUGUGGGCCAACAGCUCCCGAUGCUCCACAGACGCCUUUCCCAGAGGCUGCAAGCGGCCCACGGUUGGACGCCAGGCACACGGAGGGCCCCAGCACGGCAAAGGUGAAGCUGCCCUGCCAGACCCUCCUUCCGCAGCCAGAGCAAGGGCCAUCGGCGGGGGGGGGGGAAGGGGGGGGGAGCGACCACCGCGCGAUGGAUGCUCGGCCGAAGGCCGAUUACUUCGGCACCUGCGUGAAGUGCAGCAAGGGGGUGUAUGGAGCGAACCAGGCUUGCCAGGCCAUGGGCAACCUCUACCAUGACAGCUGCUUCACCUGCGGAGCCUGCAGUCGAAAGCUGAGGGGAAAAGCCUUUUAUUUUGUCAAUGGGAAGGUAUUCUGUGAAGAAGAUUUCCUGUAUUCUGGUUUCCAGCAGUCAGCUGACAGGUGUUUCAUUUGUGGUCAUUUGAUAAUGGACAUGAUCCUGCAGGCUCUAGGGAAGUCAUAUCAUCCAGGCUGCUUCCGAUGUGUGGUCUGCAACGAGUGUCUGGAUGGUGUGCCAUUCACUGUAGACUCUGAAAACAAAAUCUACUGUGUCAGAGACUACCACAAAGUUUUAGCUCCAAAGUGUGCAGCGUGUGGGCUUCCCAUUCUGCCUUCCGAGGGGUCUGAUGAGACCAUUCGGGUUGUGUCCAUGGACAAGGAUUACCACGUGGAAUGUUAUCACUGCGAGGACUGUGGAAUGGAGCUGAAUGACGAAGACGGGCAUCGCUGUUACCCGCUGGAUGAACAUUUGCUUUGUCACUCCUGUCAUCUGAAACACAUAGAGAAUGGCACUACCCCAGCAGCUGGGUACCAGCACCACUACUAGCCAGUGUGGCCAACAUAGGAAAGCCGAGACAGAAGACUUGUUACAUGAUCUCCCUCUCCCCACCCUCAGUUGAUUUCCUGUGCAUGUUUUUCGCCAGUCAGCAAUGUUCCUCUGAAAGGAUAUGAGAGAUUUUUUGCUGGAUUCUCUGUAUGCUUGUGAGUUCCAGCUGUAUCAAACCACAUCUACUUGACCAAGAUUGUGGCAUGUUAUCUAAACUGAUCAGUUUACUUUUACGUGCCUUUUCUGCCCUCUGGAGAUUCCUCUUGACUCAUUUUGGAAGAUUCUUCAGUGAAAGCACAACUCGCUGUCGUGCCUAUGAACUCAGAUCAUGCCAUGCACAAUUAAAAAGACAGACUUGCCUGCCUGCCUGGGACAUCCCAUCAGUCUACUAAGUGUUUCCUGACAACACAUUUCAUCUCUCUGAAGGACAUCAA